GCCUCUCUAUCUUCUAUCUCUUUUUGAGAAGUGCUCUUCAUGAACGAGCAUUGAAAUGAUACUUCGACUGCAACCCUUUCUUCCUUUACAAACAUUAUCCAACAAAUUCACUCCUUCCACCGCGGCGGCGCCGCCGCCACUCUCCGACCCAGGUCUCCGUUUUCGUGAAAAACUCAUAUACCUUUGCGACCUCAAAAUCAACCCAGACAAAGCCUUUCAAAGGAACCCUGAUUUCCGUUCAGCACCUCUUUCAUCUCUCAAAUCUGUUGAGAACUGUCUAUCAUCCAUGGGAAUUGAGCGCGCUUCCUUAGGUCGUAUCUUAGAUAUGUAUCCUCAACUCCUCACCAGCGACCCUUAUUCAGAUCUUUACCCAAUCUUCAGCUUUCUACUUGACGAAAUCAGAAUCCCAUUCCCUGAUGUACGAAAAUCCAUCAUCAGAUGUCCGAGAAUCCUAAUCUGCAGCGUCGAACAUCAGUUAAGACCCACUUGGCAUUUUCUUGAACAGUUAGGGUUCGUGGGUCGUCAUGCAAUCAAUUCACACACUACCCUGUUGUUAGUUUCGAGUGUGGAGAGAACCCUUGUUCCCAAACUUGUGUAUUUACAAGGGUUGGGAAUUUCAAACGAAGAUGUUAAUGAAAUGGUGUUGAGAUCUCCUGGUUUGCUGACUUACAGUAUAGAGAAGAAUUUGGAACCGAAAAUGGAGUAUUUGGUUAAGGAAAUGAAAGGGGAUGUGGAAGAAGUUAAGAGAUUUCCUCAGUAUUUCUCGUUUAGUUUGGAAGGGAAGAUAAAACCGCGCCAUAGAUUGCUGGUGGAGAAAGGAUUGUCUCUUUCGUUGGCUCAGAUGUUGAAAGUUAGCGAUGGUGAAUUCAGGGCAAGACUUGUUGAGAUGCGUUUGCGUUUACUUGAUAAACCUCAUCAAUCGCCUUGCGGUUUGUAUAGCGAUGAAUUCAUUGUCAUCCCCCCAUCAGAACUUAUCUGAAUUUUAUAACUGCCCUGCAAACCCCUUAUAUAUUAUUUGAUUAUGCAUCUUUUCAUUCUUCUU